AUGGAUGAAAUAGAAAUAGUGAAGUGUGAGUGUUGUGGGUUAAAAGAAGAAUGCACAAAAGAUUAUAUCAGUGAAGUGAAGGCCAAUUUUGACGCGAAAUGGCUUUGUGGCCUUUGUUCUCAAGCCGUGGGUGAUGAAAUUUUGUUUAGACCCAAAAACAACCACCACUCGCCGCCACAGCCGCCGCCUUCGUCCACUGGUGGAAUUCAAGAUGCCGUUAAUGCCCACAUGCUUUUCUGCCGUAAGUUCAAAUCUAACCCUGCCGUUAGAGUCGCUGACGGCAUGAAACAAAUCUUGAGAAGGCGCUCCUCCGACUUGUCGUCCUCUCAAUCCUCAUCCUCAUCUUCUUCUAAUUCCACUUCUUCUUCCCACAUGUCGUCCUUCUCUUCUCUUCGAUAA